AUGUUUAGAAAUUGCAUCAAGAGGUUCCUAUCUAAAUCUGAGCAGCUUCAGAUUCUAAAGGCCACAAAAGAACAGUAACUUUCACUUAGACAAUACAAGGCAGCUCUUGCGUCUUUAUCUCCAUUUCAGCUCAAUAAAGUCAAUCUUCUUACAGAAGUGAUCAAUGAAAUGUCUGAAGAAGAGCAGCAAAUCCUCUACCAGCUUUUCCGUGACAAAUACCAAGAAACAGUAGGUGUAGACCCUGCUCUCUAUAACGAUUUUACUCCAAAAAUCCAAAAAGCCAAAGAUUGGCCAGAGCUUACCCCAGACAAUUUCGAAAUCCUGAAAAAUAUCAAAGUAAACAUAUACCAUUUUCCACCCAAUCUAUUUUUUACCUUAAAAAUGUCAUAAAUUCACCCUAAUUAAGUAUAAAUUUCCAAGGCGGAUUUUUAGAAAAAGUCAUUUCAGGAGAAUUCCAAAUGAGCGCUGCAGCUAGUGAAGCCCCAAAAGAGCAGAAAGAAGAAAAGCCUGUGGAAAAGGAAAAAACCAAUUUUGAUGUCAUUGUAAGAGGUUUUAGCCCAGAUGGAAAGCUUAAGCUUAUAAGAGAAGUCAAAAAUAUCCUAAAUAUUGGCCUUAAAGACGCUAAAGACAAAGUCGAAGCUAUCGUAAAUGAGCCUCUGCUGAUAGGAAAGCAGCUCCCAACUGAGCAAGCUAAUGAGCUGGUGCAAAAACUUAAAGAAUUAGGCUCCAUAGUAGAUCUUAGAUUAGAUUAGAUUAGAUUAACGCUAGAUAUUUAAGGUCCUCACUACGUCCGAGGAAGCAUUCUACGGUUUCCCGUAUGGUGGCAGAGCGUUCACCAAGCCCGGGCCGAAACCCCCGGUUUCUCGGUAGAGGCAUUGUCAAGGGUCGUCUCAUACCGGCUUUGCUGACCGCCUCCAUUUCCAACUUGGAUCGUCACCUAAGUUUACGCCAACACUGCAGCAUCGUCCGCCAGAUCUGCCCAUUGAAGGGGACCUUUUAAACUGGAGAGACCCCCGUUUAGUGGUCUAACUCGCCUUCCCCUCUUUUCCGGUCAUCCCGAGAAAGAACUCAACAGCUUUCGGGGCGAGCCACAAAAGCAGCUUAGGCAGUUAAGUCGCCCUGCCUCAUUUCGGGCACUCACUGGGCUGAGCGCUGCUGGCAAAAAGAAGUUACAAGUAAUUGCCCAUGGGUCUGGUCACAAAAGCAGCUGCUUUUGCGCUUAGGCCUCUCGCUUCGAGGUCCCAGACGUUGUUGGGCUAACUCCUGGCUCCAAAAACCAUGCCCGGAUAUACAUGGGUAACCACCACUGAGAGGGUGGGUCGGUCGCCGUCCGCCAUUUUAUGUAUAUAGUAGAUCUUAGAUAA